GUACGAUUACCUUCGUUUUGGUUAGGAUUUGCAGAAGCGCAGAGUGGACGAGCGGCGAAGGCGUGGAGCUAGGGUUUCUUCGCUUUUUCUUGUCAGCUCGUCGCCGGUCGCCAGCCAUCGUCGUCGACCGUCCAAGCUCGGCGAAGCGGGGAAACCCUAGAUCUGAGGGCUCUUCGACCGUCCAUCACAAUCUUCCGUUAUCUUUAUUUGUUUUGGGAUUUGGCAUUUAGUCCGCUCAUGCAAGCUUCACUUGAAUUUCUAUCAAUUUUGAUUCUUUGAAUGUCAGUUUUUGCCUUUUGGUUUUGGUAGUUUGGACCUUCGGUACUUCCAAGCUAGCAUCACCGAGAAACUUCACUGAAAAUUGUUUACUCUGGAUAUUAUACAUUGUUAGUGGCUAUUGCUGACAUGAAAACAAUGGGAAAGAUUCUCAAAUUAGCCUAUAAACAAAUGGCAAGCCCAUGGAUGUAUGCCUAUGUUAAAUUUUUGGUUCUUUUCCUUGCAAUAUUUUCUGGAUAUGGUGCAAAUUGUUUUGUAUUUCUGUUGCAUUUUAACGGUUACUGUAUACGGUAUAACAUUCUACAUCUUCAGGCUACAUAGUGCACUUGUCAUUGAGGUUGACAUGUAAGUAUGUAACUCUUAUUAGAAUAUUUUUAAUCUUUGAGUUAACUGCAAUGUUGUGCACCUGUAAAUUUUAGUAUCUGACAGAGUGACAGGUCAUAUUGUAUCUACUUAUAAAUGUCUGUAAGACUGUAACUUCUUGUUUGAGGCAUGAUGAAGCUACAUUGUGAUAAAUAAAUUGUCAAUGGUUAGUAAUUAAUCUUGCUUUACAUGAAUCAUUUCUAUUGGUUUUGGUAUUUCUAUUGCUAUAGUUUUGGUAUUCCAUUAUCUUUAUUAGUUUUGGUAUUCCUAUUGCUAUAGAUUAAAUGAUAUUUUUUUUGUUAUAGGUUAAAUUUGUGAUGUUUAUUUUUUUAUUUGGGCAGAUUAUUUUUACUAAUGUCUCAUUCUAAAGUGGGUGAAAAUGAGACUGUUGAAGAUUUAAGGAAUGAGGAUGAUAUAAAUGAAGAUACUUCUGAAAAUGUUUGUGACAAUUCUUCUAGAAAAAGAUCUUGGGUAUGGAAUCACUUUAUCGAGGAAAAAAAUUCUGAAGGGUCAACAGCUAAGUGCAAAUAUUGUAAAAAAGUUUUAAGUGGGAGCACUAAAGGAGGAACGAGUCAUCUAAAACGCCAUCUUGAAAAUGUUUGCAAGAAGUAUCAAAAGAAUCCGACUAAUCAGUUGCUCUUACUACCAAGUUCAAAAGAUCCGAUAAAGUGUUUCAAAUUCAAUCAAAAAGAGAGUAGAAAAAUUCUUGCAAAAUUUAUCAUAUGUGCUGAGCUUCCAUUUCGUAUUGUUGAGCACACUGUUUUUCUGGAUUUUAUGAGAUCUCUUCAGCCAUUAUUCAAAAUUAUGGGACGUAAGACUGUAAAACAUGAUUGUAUGGCUUUGUAUCAAGAAGAGAGGAAAAAAUUGCAUGAUGUAUUCAAGAACCUAAGUUCUCGAGUUAGUUUCACUACUGAUAUUUGGACAUCAAAUCAGAAAAUCGGUUACAUUUCUUUCACAGCACAUUAUAUUGAUUCUGACUUUACUCUGCAUAAGAAGAUUAUUAGUUUCAAGAAACUUCCAUACCCUCACACCGGCUUUGCAAUUGAAGAUGCUGUAAAAAAAUGUCUUGUUGAAUGGAAAUUGGAUUAUAAAAUAUGUGCUAUUACUUUGGAUAAUUGCAGCACAAAUGAUGCUGUAAUGAGAAGGCUCCGAGAUCACUUUUGUACUUCAAUGUUGUUUAGUGGGGAGUACAGUCAUAUUAGAUGUUGUGCACAUAUAUUAAAUAUUAUGGUUCAGGAUGGAAUGAAAAUCAUUCAUGAAGCUAUUGAAUGUAUAAGAGAAAUUGUUAGAUAUGUCUCUGCAUCCCCAUCUCGAAUGCAAGCAUUUAAUGAAAUUCUACAGCAUAUGAGACUUCCUGCUAGAAAAGGACUCACUUUGGAUGUUCCUACAAGAUGGAAUUCUACUUAUGAAAUGUUGCAUGAUGCACUUGGUUAUAAAGAUGCUCUUAUUAGAUAUGCAACUGAGCAUUCAUGUGUAUGCCCCACCAAUGAUGAAUGGAAAAAGGCUUCUAUAAUUCUUAAAUUUUUAGAAGCCUUUCUUGAUGCCACUAAAGUAUUUUCUGGUUGUAAGUAUCCCACAUCCAAUUUAUACCUAAAAGAAGUUUGGGGAAUUAGGGCUUUGUUGAUGGAUGAAAGUAUCGAUACUGAUGAAACAGUAAAGCAAUUAACAAAUGAGAUGCUAAAGAAGUUUAACAAAUAUUGGUCUCAGUGCAAUAAUUUGUUGGUAAUUGCUUCUAUUUUGGAUCCCAGAUCAAAGUUGAUAUUUGUAGAAUUUUGUUAUCAAAAGGCAUUUGAGUUGGAGGAGUGCAAGAAAAAGAUUGAUGAUAUUCGUGCUUGUCUUUUUCAAUUGUAUAAUGAGUAUGUAGAUGCAACAAGAAUGCAUCCCUCUAUGAGUUCAAGUGAGCGAACAUCUAAUUUUGGUGGACAAGGUGAUAUAAGUUCAGUUUCUUCCAAAAAAAAAUUUGGUAUGGACUUUGCUCAAUUUAGAAGUCAGAGUUCUUCAAAACGCCCUAAGAGAUCCGAGUUGGAUAGUUAUUUGGAUGAUGAUGUACUUCCUGAUUUGGAGAAUAAAGAGUUUGACAUCUUGGCUUGGUGGAAGAGCAAUGCAGCAGUCUAUCCUAUACUAUCAAGAAUGGCUCGAGAUGUUCUAGCUAUUCCAGUCUCCACUGUUUCAUCUGAGUCGGCAUUCAGCACUAGUGGUAGAGUUGUGGAUCAGUAUCGAAGCUCUUUGAGCCCUUCUACCGUAGAAGCCUUAGUGUGUACCCAAGAUUGGCUUCGUGAACAAUAUGAUGAAGUUGCAAAUUGCUCGAGUUCUGUAACGUUGAAUGUAGAUGACGACACCCUGGACUCCUGGAGUGGGCAAUUUCGGAGAACUGAAUGACGAUACCCUCAUCAGAUCUCGUUAUUAACUUAUUGUGCAGGGAACAACGACUUCAGGCCGAUGAUUUUUUUUAUCCUCCUGUUUUUUAUGGAAUCCUUUUGUUUGGUUUCAGUUGUAUCGUUGCACUUGGUUGCAUGGAAUGAAUUUUUUUGCAAGUUAUCUUCAAACCAUCAGAUGCUAUUUUGUUAAUGAUCUGUCUGAUUGCCUACUUGGUCCAUCUUAUAUUUGAUUUAAGUUGAAUAGGUUGUUUGCUUGUCGACAUUUUUGCUUGUAUGUUUACAAGAGCAGCAUAUGCAAUAUUUUUGUUGAAUAAGGUUCAUCUUCUAUGCUUUAUUGUGCUUCUGUCUCUCUGCUUUAUGUGCACAUGGUGAAAGUCAAUGUAUACUUAAUGAUCCCCAGAGUGAAGAAGUUAUACCUGGUGAAAGACGGUGCCAAUUGAGGAUACUGUAAGCACUAACCUUUUAAAUUCAAGUUAUGGCUUGUCCGAGUUGAUUUUUUUUGUGUGUGUUCUUUGCGUCAAUGGAACCAACAUCUGUUUUGGUGUUUGAUAGAUGGGGGGAGCUGAAGAAGUUGGUGGAAGAGGGCAAAGUGAAGUACAUCGGGCUAUCAGAAGCCAGCCCCGACACAAUCCGGCGUGCACAUGCAACAUUCCAUCACUUUCACUCUACCAGUCCUUGCAUGUUGAUAUGAUGAAAUCGAGCUGUUUUUCUGUCUCUUUCCUCAUUAAGAUUUAAGCUUUUCCUGUGAUUUUUAUUGAAAUGCUUUGCCGAUAUAUAUAUUCUUGUCAUAGCUGUGAGUUCUUGUACUGCUGACUCCUUUCCGGAAGGUUUAUCAAUAUAGAGAGCUGAUGAUUCCACUCGGUUUAUUCAUAGGUGUUGCACUGACAGAUUUCUUAAAGGAGUUCUUUCACGACUAUUUUCAGAGAAGUAUAAAGGAUGACUCUUUUAAGCUUCUCGUGGGCAUUGGAUUGUUUUUUGUGCUCAUUAAGCUUAUCUCGUUAUGCUUGGAAAUUCCAAGGCGGGUAUUUUUUUCUCAUAUUGGGAAUGGUGGCUUGAUGCAAGUCUUCUGGUUGUCAAAAGAGUUGCAGCACACUAAGGAUAUUGGGAAUCAGAAAGAGCAAAGGUUGGAUGCCUCAGUGUCAGAAGUUCAAUAGAUUGAAAUGUGCGACUUUACCGCAUAAAGAGAUUGCUGUCGUGAGCCGGAUCAUGAGUUAUUAUGUUGGGCUUUUGCUGAGUGAUGAUUUCUUCCUCUGCUAUUUAUUUUAUGUAAAUAGAUUUCAUAUAGUUGCUCCUGAAGCUUCUUUCCUCUUAUCAUUAUCAUUUAUGGCCCUGAUUUAUCCUUUUUGAUGCAGCAUUGUAGCCUUGUAGGCAUGCCUUCUUUUUCUUAUAUUAUAGGUUGUUUUGCUUGUUCAAAGACUUGUUUUCCUUUUUGGGCCGGGCUAGGGAUCGGGCUGGCCCAAACGAGCUGGCCCAAACGGGCCGGCCCAGGUUAGGGCCCAACUGGGCCGGCCCAAAUGGGCUCG